GGAUACAGAAGAUGGGAAGUUUGUGACUUAAGAGGCGCUCCAGGAUGCGGGGCCUCAGCAAGUGGUGGCAGCGUUGGGUGUUGGAUGCAGUGCUCACCCAUCCACCGCCACUGGUUGCUGUAGUCAUUGCCAUCUUCCUGACCGUGUUUGCUGUGGGGUUCUGGUGUGCUCAUUGGCUGGAUCAGGUUGACUUGGCAGUGUACAGAUCACUUGAUGUUUUCUCAGACAACAUAAGAGGAGAAAAUCUACUGGGGAAGCUAUCCGGAGUGUUGCCCAUUGAUGUGGUGUACACGUGGGUUAAUGGGUCCGACCCCCUGCUUUUGAGUGGCCUCAGGGCACUGUCUGAUGGCAUCCAGGACUCCUGCCCCCUCUCCCACUGUAUGCCUGCACCCUACAUCAGUCUUAUGGACUGCAGCACACCCAAGGCAACGUUUUCCAACAUUCCCUUUGUGGUGGAAGUGACACAGCGGACCAUGAUGCACAACAGUCGAUCACACAAUACGAUCUUACGACUGACAAGGGAAAGAGACAUUCCAGAAGUGAUGGAGAAGGUGAUGAUGAUAGCUGGCAACACUUCAAUGCCUAAGCAAGCUUACUGGACAUCAGAUGUUGGUGGUGGCUGGGGCAUGAAGCAGAAAAAUGCAGUGUUGGUGACUGGCACUGCAGACUUGUCCCACGCUGCACUGUUGCAGACAAUCUUCCCACAGUACAAGAAUGGCACACCACAAUGCUCUGUGUCAGGGUCUGGUGGCGUGCAUAUGGUUGAGUGUCAGGAGGAGGGACUUGUAUCAGGUGCUCUGCUUUCCAAGAGCCACCAGGAGACAACCUUGACCAACAGCAGCCUCCGUUUGCACCAGGCCAUGCUCAUGUUGCAGCCGGACAGGGAGGACCACCUUAAGGAAAUUGAUGCCAACAGAUUUGAGGACAAUGAGGAGCUGCGGUAUUCCUUGCGGUCCCUGGAGAAGUAUGCACCGUGGGUACGGAGGAUCUACCUGGUGACCAAUGGCCAGAUCCCUCACUGGCUGAACCUGGACCACCCUCGCCUCACAAUCAUCACACACCAAGAUAUAUUCCCCAACACUAGCCACCUUCCUACCUACUCAUCACCAGCUAUUGAAAGUCAUAUCCACAGGAUUCCUGGACUCUCGGAGCACUUCCUGUACCUCAAUGAUGAUGUGAUGUUUGGCUCAGAAGUUUGGCCUGAAGAUUUCUUCUCUCCAGGUGAUGGAUAUAAGGUGUACCUCUCCUGGUCCCUGCCAGAGUGCUCAUCAGGCUGUCCUGGCUCCUGGCUUGGGGACGGGUACUGUGAUGAAUCUUGUAACACCUCCGCCUGUGAAUGGGACGGUGGGGACUGCUCUGGGGGAGAGUCAGGGGAAGGCGACCUCUUGGAUGGAGAAGUCAACAUGGGAUUGGAUGGGGCAGUUGACUUUUGUGCCCCUUCCUGCUCCGAUAUGUGGCUGGCUGACCGCUACUGUGACAGCUCCUGUAACACCCUAAUGUGUGGUUUUGAUGGUGGAGACUGUGGCCUGGACAAGAUGUAUCUGUUACAUCAACUUCCAGUCCCAACAACCCUCAAUGCAACCUACAUACUUCCCAGAGGUGUUGGUGCAGCUUGGAUGAACAUCUCGUCACUGCUAAGUUCAGGGAAUGGCUUACAAGGUUGGCACACAGAGCACUCUGGCCUUCGAACACUCAAUGUCAAUACUGCCCAAAAAGCACUCUUUAUUCUCAUGAGGUCCAACAUCACAUCCACUAUACACAUACAACUUAGCAUCUCUAAGCAAGAAGAGGAGCAGGAGGAGCCCCAAAAAUCUACUAAGGUUUCAUUCAUUCUGAAAUUCAACACGCAUCAUGUGGAGGUCAACAAAUCUACUGACCAAAAAGACGUGUUGCCUCUUGUUGCGUUAAAAAAUUUCACCUUCAAGCAAGUUGAACCGAAAGUUGGAGCAAAAGACAUUCAACAAGAUAACCCUCUUCAUUUAGAGUUGGCUUAUGUUAAUGUUAAUGCUUCAAUGCUUCCAGCAUCUGUUGUGUCAAAAAUCUAUCAACUAGAGGCAUUAUACAGAGAGGGAGAUAUGAUUCUUGAUGGACUGAAGAGGAAAAAAUCAAAGCUAAUUGCAGAGUUCUUACAUUCAGCUGCAGAUCAUCAACUUGUGUAUCACAGGAAAAGUGAGUGGCCUUCAGAUAUAAAGCAAAAUAAGAAUAACUCUUCACCACAUGAUCAGAAUAACCUAAGAAAACCAGAUUACAGUGCAAAGGGUACCUCAAAGCCACAGAAUUCCAAUGAACAACUAGGCUCCAGGACACUUUUGUGGGCAAAAGACUUUCAAAGAAGGAAUGGUAAAAAAAAUCUAGUUAAAACAUUCCUUGAUAAACAAAGAUUUAAAGGCAGGAAAACAUACACAACCAGUAACAUCAGAAAAGAUGAUAUAUCAGAUAAUGAAGGAUCUGUGGCCACAUACUUGGGUAGCUUACCAUGGGAAAAGCAGAAGUUGUUCCAUACAGAGGACCCACAGGAGGAGGUCAGAAAGCACACUUUGCCUGUAGCUGCCAAGCGCCAUCUCCUGGACAUGUUUGCUGAGUCUCUGCUGCAUGUGAAUCGCCUCUUCAACUCAGAGUAUGGCUACCAGGCCCGAAGGGUACCAGCCCACAUGCCUCACUUCAUCAGCAGGGGCAUCAUGGAGAGACUGCAGGAGAAAUUCAAAGAUGAGUUUGAGCUGACAUCAUUCCACAAGAUCCGCCAAGCCAAUGACAUGCAGUAUGCCUUUUCUUAUUACUUUUUCCUCAUGAGUGAAUGGAGGAUCAGGACGCCCACGGAGGUAUUCCAGGAGUUUGACACAGAUGUCUCUGGCACACUGUCAGACCGAGAGAUACGUACACUACUUGCAUCGCUGCAUGACCUUCCGCUACACUACAACAUUGUGCAUGAGUUCCACCAACUGGUCAAGAACUGCUCUGCCAACCACCACACCAAGAUUAUCCCCACACCCGUCUAUGAGAGAUAUGCAGACUCUGACCUGCCCACAGUGUCUCUGGAACUGAUGCUGAGGUGUGAGCCACUGACACUACUCCUCCGUAAGCUGGAGAAGGUGAAAAAGUACAAAUACUCCCACCUGUCAGAUGAUGCCAUCCACUUCAAGAUGGUCACCUCUAAUGUGUCCAUUGUCAUUCACAUGCUUGACGAAGUGCGCAAGAACAAACGAAAAUUCAUCUGCCUGAACAGCAACCUAGACCCAAAGAGCAAAUCCAACGACUUGAUCCAUGCUCUUGUCCAGGACACCUAUGAGUCUUUGUUCCCUCUUCCCUCAUAUUUUGAGCUACCCCUCAACUACAGGAAUCGCUUUCUCUACAUGGAGGAGCUGGUUGCUUGGAGGAAGUGGAGGGACUUUGUGCGGGCACUGAUUUAUGCAUGCCUUGCCUAACUCGUCUUCCUCACACACGUCAACUUCUUUAGUGCUGAGUUGGAGGGGCUGCGCCGGCGUUGGUGUCGUCGUCGGAGACGUCGAGAGGGCUAUGGUGGACUGAAGGUGUGACAGAUGUGCUUCUCGAAGUCCCUCUAUCCUUGUCAGUGUGUACAUCAACAUGGGGGGUGUUCAAAUCACACACCUAUUCUUCAUUCUUAUAUCAUUCAUGUCAUAAAACCUUCACACAAAUAUAAAUAUCCAUCUCCAGCAUGAAUCUGUAUUAUGGAAAGUGUUUUUCUAGGCUGUUAAGGCAGUAUAACUGUAUAAAUAUGGUAUGGAAGUGGCAGUUGAAGAAUAAAGGUAUUAAAGUUC